GAGAUGAUUUUAGGAACGCUUUGUAAUGAUUACAAAAAAAAAUUUACUUGUGCGUAUAUGCUUGGAAGGACGAAAUCCUUUUCCGCCAAUAGACGACCUGUCAUCGAUGAUUAUAGACCGGUUGGAUGAUAAGGAUAUGCGAAACAUUUUCAACUAAAAGAGAAAUUGCACGUUUGUACUCAAGAAUUCUCGAAAGUUUCCAUCCAGUAAAUCGACCAGGAUGACUCGUAAACAUCUUGCUGCCGGAUCCGUUGCGCCGCCUCUUGUACCUGGAAAAGUACGUUUAUAUAGUAUGCGAUUUUGUCCAUACGCGCAAAGAAUUCAUUUGGUGCUAGACGCGAAACAUAUACCGUACGAUGUUGUUUAUGUAAACCUGACCAAUAAACCCGAAUGGUUGCUAGAAAAAACUCCUUUGGGCAAAGUGCCUUGCAUAGAGGUGGAAGGAGGAGAAACAUUAUACGAGAGUCUUAUUAUUGCCCAAUAUCUAGAUGAAGCAUAUCCGCAAAAUAAACUUUACCCAAGUGAUCCUCUAGCCAAAGCUAAGGAUAACUUGUUGAUCGAUAGAUUUGGUUCGGUUAUAAGUACUAUGUACAAGUUGUAUAAUCCUACAUCUAUACAUUGCGAUGUAUUCAAUACUGCUCUAGCUGGUCUAGAACAUUUUGAAAAAGAACUGGUGCAAAGGGGAACUCCUUUCUUCAAUGGUAAUUCUCCUGGAAUGGUAGAUUUCAUGAUAUGGCCAUGGUGGGAGAGGUCGGAUAUAAUCAGAGUUUUACGCGGAGAUCAAUUCGUUAUACCACGAGAUCGUUUCAAAAAACUGUUGGAAUGGAGAUCUGCCAUGAAAGAAAAUCCUGCAGUUCAAAGUAGUUACUUGGAUACUGAAAUACAUGCCAAGUACAUUCAAAGCCGUCUAGCUGGGACACCUGAAUACGACUUGGUUGCUGCUUAAAUUAACAUGUUUCAAUUAUAUCUAUAAAAUUAAAGUAAUAUAUCGCGUCGUUAACAUUAUCUAUAAUAUUUCCAGUGGUCCAAUAAGUACGUUCUCUGAAUGUACAGGAUUGUUUAUUACGAAACUAAUGUAAAAAAAAAAAGAGUAUCUAUUUUAUUAUUUGUAUAUUAACAAUGACAAUUAUUGUUUAUGUUAUGAUAUAGUCCUAAGUGAUAAAAAAGUGGAAAAUUAUUCUCAUUGUAAAUUAGAUAUUAACCACAAUUCUAUUGUUGCUUAAAAAUAUAUAGCACCGUAUCGAUUAACUAUAAGUCUAAUUUCAUAAAAGAAAGCUGUCUCAUAGAACGUAUAUUUUGAAUAAAUAUUCGUAGAAAAACUA